AUGAAGAUUUUAAAAACUAAAACACUAGGCUUUGCCUAUAUUGUUUCUUCAGUCUUGUCAUUACCAUUCAUACCUCAUGUUGAUGUUGAAUUAAAGAAUGGAGAUGUUGUCACCGGUUUACGCAAGUUAGGUGUUGAGUCUUUUCGAGGAAUCCCUUAUGCUGAACCCCCUAUUAAUGAUUUACGUUUCAAACCAUCUAUACCGUAUUCUAAAAGCAUUGAUGGCCUAGAAGCUCUUGAUUUUGGCGAUACAUGUUAUCAAGUUAAUCCCCUUGGAAUUUGGGAUUACAUGAGGAAAGUUGGUGCCCAUACAGAAUGGAUUACACCGUCACUGAUUGAUGGUCUUAAAUCCAGCAAAAUGUCUGAAGAUUGUCUAACUUUGAACAUUUAUCGUCCCCCGCAUUUGCCACCUGGCCAAAGAGUUCCUGUUCUUGUUUGGACUUAUGGUGGAGCUUUCCAAUUUGGUUCUACCACUCUUUAUCCAGGAGGUCGAUAUGUUAGAGACAGUGUUAAAAUGGAUCAGCCUGUUAUAUUUGUAUCAUACAACUACAGAGCAGGUCCCUGGGGGUUUUUAGGUGGUAGUGCUAUUGAUGCUGAAAACUCUACGAAUGCCGCUGUUUGGGACUCAAUUAACGCAUUUAGAUGGAUUAAGAAAAACAUUGCUUCGUUUGGUGGUGACCCUGAAAGAAUAACUGCAUUUGGAACUUCAACAGGUGCCCAAUUGCUUUCGCAUACUAUGCUGACUAAAGUAUUUAGAAAAGAGUCUCUUUUUAAUUCUGUCAUUCUUCAAAGUGGAAGCGUUCUUCCUUUUGGUCCAGCUAAUGGGUUUGCUACCGAAAGACAAUUUUGGACUUUUGCAAACGCCUCAGGAUGUCCAACAAAUAUCCCUGCUACCAAGGCCCUUAAUUGUUUGCGAUCAAAACCUGCUGAUGAACUAUAUCAAGCCCAGACCUAUGACAAUGAUUUGAGUAAUUCCUUUGACUUAGCAGCAGCCUUUUCUAUCUGGUCGCCACGGCAAGAUGGUCGCAUGUGGAAUGCUAACCCAUAUGAAAUUGUUGUGAACGGACAUACCCCUGACAUUCCCAUGAUCAUUGGCCAACAAGAAGAUGAAGGAACACUGGUCUCAAUUUUAUUUGCAACGAAGGAAAAAGAAGAAACAGACAAGAAAUUACGCACAUUAUUUCCGUUUGGUGGACAAAACUUUACUAAUUACAUUGAUCUUUACAGCAGUGACCCAGCUGAAGGUGCUCCGUUUAGAACAGGUGAAAAAAAUCAGCUUUAUCCAGAUUUUAAACGAUCUUCUGCGAUUUUAACUGACAUUUUUUACACUAUUCCUAGACGGCUUAUUCUGGAAAAUACUGAUUGCAAUUCCUCUCCUAGAUAUGUUUACUAUUCUACAGCUUUUCACAACAAAAUCCCGUAUUUUGGGAGUACCCAAAUGACUGAUGUUAUUUGGCAGUUUUAUUUAUUUAGAAAUUAUGCGAGCAACGCUUUUCGGCGUUAUUUUAUUUCUUUUGCUAAUAAUCACAACCCUAAUAUUAAUACUAAUCUAGUUGAAUGGCCUGAGUGGACUACUGAGGAGCAACAGGUGCUUCAUAUUGAACGGAAAAAUGGCAGCAUCAUUGUUGAUGAUUUUAGACUUGAGCAGUCAGGUUAUGCUAUUUCUCAUUACAAGAUUUUCAAUACCUUGUGA